AUGGUACACCCAUUUGCUGCGGCCAGCGGCCCAUCGUUUGCCACCCCGCGCAUGUCCUCGGCAUCGACGGUCCCAGCGGACUCGCUGGCCCUUGUCGACUAUGCGAGCUCGUCGUGGGGUGUGACUUCACUGUCAUCAACAUUCCACGAGUCCUCCCCGGCUUCAUCGUCUAGCACCCAUGUGCAGACACCACACGCGUCUUACCACUCUACCUUUGACUGGGGGGUCGCAGUGAGCCAGUACCCCACCCGAGAACAGAGGACAACGGUCGUUCUCAACUCGCCGUCAACGGUCAUCCCGGAUGAGUCGCCGGUUCUUCCACUGCACGACCUGCCAGCCUUUGCCAUGUACAACGACGAGUGCCGGGACGACCAGAAGCGUUUGCCGGAGAUGGCGGCGAGGCACAUGCGAAUGUCAUAUAGCUCGUCCAACCACCUGGCUAGUGCAGCUGCUAGCGCGCCAGCAGUGCACGCCCCGUCUGCCCUGCGUCGCGCUGCGUCGUCCACCAAGCGUGCAUCUGCUGCUGCUGCUGCGAUUGACCUCACUGGCCUGGCUGGCCGGCCGCCCAUCCCCACGCGCUCGCCAAAGCGUCGCCCGCCCCCGCUGCCCAUGACGGACAAAGCCACUGCUCCUUCAGACACGACGACCCAAACACCACCAGACGCGCCGCCGCUCCCAUCGCCCGUCCAGCAAGACGAGCUCGCAAGCAUGGCGGAAGCCGCCGCCGUCGCGCUCAGGAGAAGGACCCGCUCGGCGCCCUUUAAUCCUCAUCCUUUCGCAUACUCGGAUUCCAGCAGCAGCAGGUCGUCGUCACCUUCUUCCUCCAUCACUCUUCUUCUCGACACCCAUCGCCGCUCCCAGUCCGUCGGCGGCGAGAGCCACCCCUUGUCACGCAUCGCACCACCUCCUCGACGCCCACGCGCAGGCUCUGCGGUGUCAUCGCGCCCCUCCUCACGGGGAUCGUCCGUCAUGCUGCAGCCGCUCACCCCUCUGGCAUCGCUUCCUCCUCAACGUCGCGCCCCUCCACCUGCACCCAUCGCCCUCCCUGGCAAGCGCUCCUCCUCUCGUUCGACAUUCCUUACUCCCAAGGCGUCUCCUCCUCCCUUGCCAGGACCGCCCCCAAUGCGUCCUCUCCCACCACGUCCUUCUCCCAAGCGCGCCCCACCUCCCACUCGCGCGCCCCCUCCACCACCGCCAGAGUCCCCGAGCGACUCGCGUACCCCAUCCCCUCGCUCUCACUCUGGACCCGCUGUCAUUGCACAGCAGAGCCUGUCGCAGUCUAUCAAGAACAAGACACUCGCUGUCCACGAGCAACAACCUGUCGCGGGUCCUUCUACUAGCCAUCGUCCACCACAGAUGACGCCCGCCGAAGUGUACGUCGAGGCAAUUGCCGCCAUCCGCGCCGCCGAAUUCUGGGACUGGCCUAUUCCCCCACCCAUUUCCAUGCGCAACCGUCCUCGCCGUGUCUCGCCAGUCAAGGUACUCGAGUCCAAGCCUUCCCUCGCAACGCUGGCCAGCACGACCUCGUCAAGUGCACCCUCCCACUUCACUCUCGAUUCGGCGUCCGUUGCAUCCGGGUCGGAAUCCAGUCACGGCUUGACCGAAGUCGAAUUCUUGCCAGAGGCCCAGAUCGACUUUUCUGCUGCACCCCCGCAAGACUUUACAAAGGCACUCGGCUUCGUGGCGCCGUCUUCCCUGCUCGACUUCCCAUGGGACCUGAACCUCGAGAUUAACACUACUGCUGCCCCGGUUACCGAAACAACGUACUACACCCACGGACGACAGCACAGCGCAAGCACGGCUGGGUCGCUGUCCGACGAACUCCCACGGAGGACCAACUCCAGCGGACCUUCGUCUGAACAAGGCCCCCUCACGCCAGACGACGUGCCCGAGGAGCCAUUCUUCGACCGUCCACCACCUCUCCCUCCCAAGCAGCGCGCGCAGACGAUGCCGCCCGCGAAGCGCGUGUCGGUGCGCCCGGCAAAGUUUGGCGUGCCGUUCUAA